UGAACUGUUGCUGUUACCUCUUCAGUCUUCAUAGCCACCAAAAUAAUCUCUUUGCAGAUGGCAACCCUCACCAUGCCCACGAGUCUCAUUCUUUUCACAUUGUCCAUAUUUUUUCCAUCACAAAGCCAUUAAUAUUUGAUUCAAAGCUUUGACUUGUCACAUAUUCUUUCCUUUUUUAAAGUUUUCCUUCUUCAAGUGAACAUAUUCUGUCCAAUUUAGCACCCCCUUUUAAUUUUCCUUUCUUGUACCACCAUUUCUGGGUUGGAACCAUGCUCAUUCAUGAACCUGGGUUUCUUCUUUUGCUCUUACUUCAUUUCUAGUUCCUUUACCAGCUAAAUUCAUCUGGGAACCCAUCAAAAUGUGAUUUUUCUUCCAUCCCUAUGAGUUUUCUGGUGUUUUCAGAUUCUGGGUGACCACAAGUUUGAGUCUUUAUGGUGAAAAGUUUGGUGGGGUUGGCUUGAAUUUUUGUGUGCUACAAAAUAUGAAGUCGUUUGUUGUUUCCCACCUUGUGAUUUGGACCAUCUUUUGUGGUGGUAUUUUCUGCAGUAGGCCUGCAAGUGUGAACAUUGGUGCAGUCUUCACCUUCGAUUCGGUCAUAGGUAGAGCUGCAAAGGUGGCCAUGAAAAUGGCCGUUGAUGAUGUCAAUGCUGACCCUAGAGUCCUCAAUGGCACCCACCUCAACUUGAUAAUGAAGGAUGCUGCCUGCAGUGUCUUUCUGGGAGCUAUUGGAGCUUUUCAGGCACUCGAGGAAGGGAUCGUAGCAAUGGUUGGUCCACAGUCGUCUUCUAUAGCUCAUAUGGUAUCUCAAAUUGCUGAUGCUCUCCAUGUGCCUCUUGUCUCAUAUGGUGCCACUGAUCCUACCCUGUCCUCCCUUCAGUUCCCUUACUUUUUUCGUACUAUACAAAGCGACUUGGAGCAGAUGAUUGCGGUAGCUGAUCUAAUUGAAUUCAAUGAAUGGAAGGAGGUCAUUGCUGUAUACUUGGAUGAUGAUUAUGGAAGAAAUGGAAUGUCGGCUUUGAGGGAUGAACUUGAAAAUAGGAGAUUGAAAAUUGCUCAUAAGCUACCUUUGAGUAUUCAGUUUGAUCCAAAUGAAAUCACCACUUUGCUGAACCAAUCCAAAUUGUUUGGUCCUCGUGUGUAUGUUGUUCAUAUCAACCUGGAUCCAAAACUGAGAUUUUUCAACAUUGCCAACAAACUUAAAAUGAUGACCAAAGACUAUGUUUGGCUAGUCACUGAUUGGCUCUUUGCUACCUUAGAUUCUUUCUCCACAGUGAAUCAGACCUCUCUCAGUGUUCUCCAAGGGGUUGUUGGUUUUCGUCAGCAUAUUCCAGAUUCCCGAAAGAAGAGAGGUUUCGUUUCAAAAUGGAGAAAUGCACAUAAAGGUAUGCCAAAUGGUAGUUUGAAUGCCUAUGGAUACUAUGCUUAUGAUACAAUAUGGGCAGUUGCGCGAUCAAUUGACAGAUUCAUUAGAUUGCAUAAUAAUAUUACCUUUGUAGUUAAUCAUGAGAAUAAGCCAUCUCACACACAAGGAAAUGAUCUUCAGCUUGACAAGCUCAAAAUCCUUGCUAGUGGAUCUGAUCUGGGCAGUAUAUUAUUACAGUCAAAUUUUACUGGUGUGAGUGGUCGAGUUCAGUUUAAUGCAAACAGGAAUAUCAUAAGUGGUGGUUAUGAUGUUAUAAAUAUCAAUCAGAGUGCAAUGACUACGGUUGGUUAUUGGUCUAAUUGCUCAGGAUUUUCGGUCAUCCCCGCUGAAAAUCUUAAGACUAAGAAAUGUAAAAGGUUAACUCAAGAUCAUAAGCUUGGCAAUAUUACUUGGCCUGGUGGAGGGACAGAAAGACCGCGCGGCUGGGUGAUUGCUGAUAAUGGAAGACCACUGAGAAUUGGAGUACCACGUAGAGCAAGUUUUGUUGAAUUUGUGACUGUGAAGGAUCAUCAAAUUCUAGGGUACUGCAUUGAUGUCUUCAACAAGACCCUGGAAUUUAUUCCAUAUGAUGUUCCUUACCGUUUCAUCCCUGUUGGGAAUGGUAAAUCAAAUCCAAGCUAUGAUGAACUCGUGAAAAAUGUUGCUGACAGUGUAUAUGAUGCAGUUGUCGGCGACAUUGCAAUUGUGACGAACCGUACACAAUAUGUGGAUUUUUCUCAGCCUUAUGCAACAACUGGCCUUGUUAUAGUGGCUCCUGUCGACAAUGCAAGAUCAAAUGCUUGGGUGUUUCUCCAACCAUUCACAGCAGAUAUGUGGUGUGCUACGGCUGCUUCAUUCGUGAUGAUUGGAGUGGUUAUAUGGAUUCUUGAGCACCGAGUCAAUGAUGACUUCCGUGGUCCUCCUAAGAGACAACUGGUGACAGCGUUUAUGUUCAGCCUCUCAACACUGUUUAAGACAAACCAGGAACGGACGAUAAGCUCGCUAUCCAAAAUGGUGAUGAUAGUCUGGCUUUUCCUAUUGAUGGUGAUCACUGCUAGCUAUACAGCAAGCUUGACUUCAAUUCUUACAGUGGAGCAGCUCUCAUCGCCCAUCACAGGAAUCGAUAGCUUGAUUGCGAGCAAUUGGCCCAUUGGAUACCAAGUAGGAUCUUUCGCUUACAGCUAUCUUACGGAUAGUCUUUAUAUAUCAAAAUCAAGACUUGUUCAACUAGGCUCUCCCGAGGAAUAUGCUAAAGCUCUGAAGAAGGGGCCGUCUAAUGGAGGCGUGGCGGCUAUCAUCGAUGAGCUUCCUUACGUGGAGUUAUUUCUGUCAAAGGAAACUGGGUUCGGUAUCAUUGGACAGCCAUUUACCAAAAGCAGUUGGGGAUUUGCUUUCCAAAAAGAGUCUCCUCUCGCCCUCGACAUGUCCACGGCUAUUCUAAAACUCGCCGAGAGCGGAGAGCUCCAGAAGAUACAUGACAAGUGGCUCUGCAAGAUGGGUUGCUCUGAAAAAACAACAAGCAACUCCAAGCCUGACCAACUUCACUUGAUUAGUUUUUGGGGUCUGUAUCUGUCAUGUGGUGUUGUCACACUCGCCUCGCUUUUGGUGUUUCUUCUGCGAGCGAUUCGCCAAUACGCUCGCUUCAAACGACGGGAAAAGGACAUUGCUGUCGCCUCAUCGUCGGAACCAUCAAAGACCAGCAGCCAUUGUUCCCAGGUUCUCCUUAACUUCUUCAACUUCAUUGAUGAAAAAGAAGAGGCCAUAAAGAAAAUGUUCACUCAAUGUGACAAUCCUGAACCUCAAGUCAGAUAAGAGAGUAUUGGUUCAUGGUUCUGCUGCUAAAAGUGAUUCAUAAAAUUUGUAGGUUUUAGUAAACUCAUACACUCAGAAGCUUUCUAAUCUAUGUAUAGUAACAAUAAUCUGUUCCAAAGAAUAAAAUAAAAUAAUAUAAUGUUGGCCAUGUA